AUGGCAAAAGACGACUCCAAGCAAGCAGCGAAAGCUGACCCCGAGCAGCAUAGCGAGCCACAACAACCCUCCUCUCCGCAGCAGCAGCAAUCUUCCUCUCCUCAGCCUACUUCGCCCGCAACGACCUCUUCCGCAAGAGCCGUCACUUUCAAGGCAUCCGCUCAGCCAGCUGAAGAAGCCGUAUCUGGCCGCAAGAGAGAACGCGAAGGCAGCCUGGAACCAUCGCAACUGACCCCAUCUCGUGAACCCAUUCCGGCCAAGAAGAACCGUCUGGAGGACUCGCUGCAGGAGGAGGACGAUGACACCGAAAGUCGCCACCAACCCGAAACCGAAAAGGUCGGCCAGAUCCGCAAGAAAGUCGACGAGCUAAGCACUCAAGAGCUAAAGACAGCACAAACAACUUUAUCCUCAGCGUCCGAACCAGCCGCUGCCACUACCACUGCCACUGCCGAUGCCAAGGCCCAGACGGCAGCAGAGACCGCUUCAGCAACGGAAACAGCAUCAGAGUCCAAAAAGGACUCGACUUUGGCGGACAAGCCCAGCAGAGAAUCAGAACUUGUCAAAAGUUCCCAAGAUCCCCCAGCUCGCACUCAACCCACCUUCUCAGCCUUCAGCUCCAAGUCGUCACCAUUCAGCGCUGUCCCCUCCUCUUCUGGCUCAUCCUCUUCAAGCAGCAAAAGCGGGGUUUCAGCUUUCGCAGCCAGGAGCUCUUCGCCUCUAGUUGGAUCUGGCAUCAAACCCAGCAGCCUCGGAUCCAGCAUUGGAGCUCACCAUGCUGAAAACGGCUCAGCCUCUCCAGCUACCGCUACCACCUCUUCAAGCUGCUCAAAGCCAAUUGCAAAAGGUUCCUCGUUCGGCUUCGGCGCUUUUGCUGGCGCCAGUCCGCUAGCCAAAACAAAAGUCCAAGCUGCAACCACCUCUGACAAAGAGUCGAAAAAGACAGAAUCUUGCACUGACAAGGCGACAUUCGAACAACAACUUCUCAGCGACAGCAAAGAUGACACUGCCUCCUCGGAAAGCAAGUGCAAGCCAUUGCUCGAAGCGCCUGAGGCAGAAACCAAAACUGGUGAAGAAGAUGAAGAAAGCAUCCACAGCAUCCGCGCAAAACUCUAUACCAUGGCCGAAGACCAGUCUUGGAAGGAACGCGGCACAGGUACACUUCGUGUCAACAUCCCCAAAAAACCGUCGGACAAACGCCCCGCUCGUCUCGUCAUGCGAGCAGACGGCGUACUACGAGUGAUCCUCAACAUCUCCCUCUUCAAAGGGAUGAAGUGCGAACUUCAAGAAAAGUUCGUCCGCAUCAUUGCUUUUGAAGACGCAAAAGCCGUACACUACGCUAUCAAGCUGAGCAACCCCAACAACGCAGCUGCACUCAUGGACGUCCUUGACCACUUUGUCCUUGCGCCAGACGCAUCUGCACAUGCAUGA